GAUGGAUUAUAUGACUCCUACAUGAGGAUAGAUCAGAUUAGGUACCAGGAGUCUGCAAACGAAGAACACAGCCCCUCAGGACUUCCUUCCCUCGGCAGAUCUAAUGUUUCUAGCAACAAACUAGCAAUGAAGGAUCACCCUCUGACUGGAAGUCAGGUUAAAGUGGAGCAGUUAUUUGAGGACUCUGGCAACAGAAGGAGCAGCACUCUUCAGUCUGCAGGAGUCGCUGGGUCAGAGAGGUCUCUUCCUUCACUGAUGAAAGAUAAAAGUUCAGAGAGCCUGAGCACUUCUAAAGUUAGUUCCUCAAAAGCACCUAAAGCCAUUUCCCAAGCUCCAGAGCAAGCUGUCAAACAGUACAAACACCAGUUGUCUGCUUAUGAACAGCAAGAGAUAUUUAAUUUUCCUGAAAUUUACUUUGUGGGUCCAGCUGCAAAAAAGAGACAAGGAGUAAUCGGUGGUCCCAACAAUGGAGGUUAUGAUGAUGACCAAGGCAGCUACAUUCACGUGCCCCAUGACCAUCUUGCUUACAGGUAUGAAGUACUCAAAAUCAUUGGCAAGGGCAGUUUUGGACAAGUUGCUAAAGUCUAUGAUCACAAACUGCACCAACACUUGGCCUUAAAGAUGGUUCGCAAUGAGAAGCGGUUCCAUCGCCAAGCGGCAGAGGAAAUCCGGAUCCUGGAGCACCUGAAGAAGCAGGAUAAAACAGGCAGUAUGAAUGUUAUCCACAUGCUGGAAAGCUUCACCUUUCGGAACCAUAUCUGUAUGACCUUUGAACUCUUGAGUAUGAACCUGUAUGAGCUGAUUAAAAGGAAUAAGUUUCAGGGCUUCAGUAUCCAACUGGUACGCAAGUUUGCUCACUCUAUACUGCAGUGUUUGGAUGCCCUUUAUAGGAACAAAAUCAUACACUGUGACUUGAAGCCAGAAAAUAUCCUCCUAAAACAGCAAGGGAGGAGUGGAAUCAAGGUUAUAGAUUUUGGGUCCAGCUGUUUUGAGCACCAAAGAGUCUACACAUAUAUUCAGUCUCGAUUUUAUCGAGCGCCAGAGGUAAUUCUGGGAAGUCGCUAUGGGAUGCCCAUAGAUAUGUGGAGUUUUGGCUGCAUUCUGGUGGAGCUAUUGACUGGAUACCCUCUUUUUCCUGGAGAGGAUGAGGGAGACCAACUAGCUUGUAUGAUGGAACUUCUCGGAAUGCCACCUCAGAAGCUUUUGGAUCAAUCCAAGCGAGCCAAGAACUUCAUCAACUCGAAGGGUCACCCUCGCUACUGCACGGUCACUACCCAUGCAGAUGGAAGGGUGACCCUCACCGGAACCCGCUCGCGCCGGGGGAAGCUCCGAGGUGCUCCAGGGAACAAAGACUGGGUGACAGCCCUGAAAGGCUGUGAUGAUCCCUUGUUCAUAGAGUUCCUGAAGGAAUGUCUCAGCUGGGAUCCUUCCGCACGCAUGACCCCGAGUCAAGCUUUAAGGCACCCUUGGAUUUGUAAACGAACACCCAAACCCCCCAGCACUGACAAAACCUCCAACAAACGGAUUUCGAGCUACACAAGUUCUUUCACAGGAAUAGGGUCUAAGUUGCCUCCUGUGGUUGGAGUGGCCAACAAGUUGAGGGCAAAUUUAACUUCUGACUCCCACGGCAGCAUCCCGCUGUGUACUGUGCUCCCCAAGCUGGUCAGCUCGUAG